AAAAUAUCCCCUGCAUAUCUCAGCACAAAUACUAGACCUGAAUUUAAUGGUGGUGACCACCCAAAACAGUGCCAUUUUUAGACGUUUACUGCUGACGUUUACAGAGGCUUCAAAUAGCUUCCGUUUUACACUGGUAGUGAUUGGACUGUUCUCUACUUACCACUGAGCUAACAUACUGGCUGAGCAAGUCCGACAUUCUACACUUCAAUGGAGGAACAGCCCAAAGAUCGGGCACAAGACAGGCAAUAUCACCCCCACGGAGAGGACAGAAGCUCUAUUCAACAAACAACUUGUCUAAAACAUGAUCAGAGCCACUUCCAGCGCCAGCAUCAGGAAACGCAGACGAAGAAAACAGGCAAUAAAAAAAUAAACAUCAGUGACGAGGAGGGGGAGAAGAAUACACAUCUGUCUGAUACUGUUGGUAUGUCGCAUCCCCCCAACAGCAAUGGUAACAGACACAUAAGUAAUACAAAUGUGAAGCAGAAGUCAACACAAAAGCUGUACACGACUGUUCCAAAAGUGAGCAGCAAAGGAUUGGACCAUAAGAAGAAUAUGGACCUUAGAAAUGACAAGGAAAAGGCUCUGGAUUUGAAUCAUCAUGAGGGCCAACCUUUGGAUAAGAAAGACUCUGUGUUGCUUCAAAAUGGCGUUGUAAACUGUGGCUUAAUUACAAAUGGCUAUUCUAGCAAGGACAAUGAUGGAAGUGGUUCCGAAGGUGGAUAUACUACUCCGAAGAAACGCAAGGCCAGAUGUAACAACGCCAAGAACACUGAUAAUGUGACAAGAGACAAGGAGAAAGACAUGCAGCAGGGCAACACUACACAGGAGCCUGGGGCUUUUAAUCUUGAGACAGCAGAGAAGGGUGUGACUUCCAGACUCGAUGGCUUUAGAGCUGCCCAUAAAGUAGAGGCUCAGUCAGCAGCUAGACGGGCUGUUGUGUCGGAGGCUUCAACGAGUGAAUCUCAGAGGAAAAGCUCUGAUGGCAAAACAGUUGGCACCUUUGGUAAGAAAACUGAGGAAAGGCACAAAGCCAAGCUUUCCUCACCUUCAAAAGAGGACUCCUGGACUUUAUUCAAGCCCCCUCCAGUAUUUCCUGUGGACAAUAGCAGUGCUAAAAUUGUUCCUAAGAUCAGUUAUGCAAGUAAAGUAAAAGAGAACCUCAACAAAGUAGCUCAAGGUGGAGGAGAGGCACUGCCUCCUCCUGUUAGACUGUCACAGGUCCCUAUGUCUGCUAUGAAAACUAUCACCUCAGCUAGCUUUACUAAUGGUCCUGUUUCUGGAAAUGGAAACGGCUGCCCAUCAGUGGGUACCUUCUUUGCUCCUGCUGCUAGUAGUAUUCCACCAGCCCCAUCUAUCCCAAGUGGCGAGAAUGUAGCAUCUCCUUUAGAAAGUAACUGUAGCUCUACAACCAGUCCUGUAGAUGGAGAAGCUUGUGAGCUUAGAAAGUGUACUCUUUUAAUUUACCCUUUAAAUAUGCAACCUGUGCUCCCUAGUGCUCGUCACCUUGACCCACCGGCUGCUCAGACAAAUCAGAAAGCCUUGGGAGACAUCUUCCAGAAUCAGUGGGGGCUUUCCUUCAUCAAUGAACCCAACCUGGGGCCAGAAGGAGGAAGUGGGCAGGUGCCUGCAGAGGACAAGACUACUGGGGUCACACCUCAAAGCGAGUGUCAGGCUGUUGCAGCCAAGGCUGCCCAGCCCUGCUUUGAUGUUAGCCCAUCAUUCUUAGAGCCUGGCACUUUGGCUCAAGACACUGAGAAAAGGACUUGUGCCCCUUGCAAUGUUUCUCAUGCUUGUUCUCCUGCUUGUGUGGUGAGUGAGGAGAACAGGCUGAAGCCAUGUGGCCAGGAAAAGACAAAAGUUGAGGCCAAGGAUGCAGGUUCUGCUGCAUUGGCCCUCAGUAAAGACAACGGUGCUAAGCCUGCACAGGGCCAGCUAACCACUUUGCUGUUUGGCUCAUCUAAAGAACAGGCUCACUCUAAAGACACUGGCAGAAGGUGUAGCUGGGGGUCCUUUGAUGUUAAAGCUGCUGUCACUUAUCACACUAAAGAAAUGGAAUCCAUUUUCAACUUACAAAAACAAGAUCCAAAAAGAGUAGUGGCUUAUGAUGAAACCAAGGAUGGACCUGAUCAGUGAGGUAGAUGGUCUACAGUACUUACCUUCUUCUCUUCUGGGUGCUGCAGUUAUCUACCUUGGACAUCAUAAUUCCUGUUGGAUAGAUAAAGAGACAACUGUGAAACAUUGAUAGUUUAGCAUGACAGAUUUUCCUUGGAAUCUCGGGUGGAAUAACGGACUUCUGUGGGGGCAUCAGACAAACACACACACACACACACACACACCCACACACCCACCCACCCUCUGGAGGGACGUUAAAGGAGCUGAUCGGUGCCUCUCCAACAUGAUGAAUGGACACUUGCAACUUAAGCUGUUUGUCUCAUGGCUCUUUAAGGAUGAUGUUCGGGAGUUCAACAAAGGAAGGUGUCCAGGACUGCACCUCCCUAAGCCUUUAUCCUGUUGAACUGCGGCAGCCUUCAGUCUGACUAUGGAAUGCCUCAGUCAUUUUCUUUCUUCACGCAUUCAAAUGAGUUCAGUGUAGAUAUGUUAGACGUUAUACAUACACAUCUGUGUGCAAGCUUGAAUUCAUCGUGAACGAAAGGAGAACACAUUUUGCAAAGAAUGCCUUGAAGUUGUGGAAUAAGGAUCUUUGGAGUCCUGUUAAACUGUAAGUUAAGUGGAAGCUCAUAGGUGAGGCCCCAUCCAGGAAGGGAGAACCUUGUCUUAAACCUUUACGGGAAAUCAGAGCCCGGUAAUUACAGUAAAUGCUUGCUUUUUCUUUUAUA